UGCUCUUUUCCGUGAAAUCGCAUCUUGUAAGCACAGCUAAUUGCAACUGGUUAUUGUGCAAGGUUCUUGUAUAACCGUUUUUUUCCAAGGCAUAGAUCCCAAACCAGGGGAUUGUCCAGCUGAAGGUCUCUCCAAUCUUUUCAUCAGCAAGACUGCCUGUAUCUGUUUGAGUGCAAAAACUAGGAACCAAUAUGACCACCGAUAUCAGAAAUUACCAUUUGUUGAUACACAUUCGCAUUCCACCUAUCUCCCGGUUCGUCUGCGAUAAGCUACCGACAUUGUAUCUCGAAAAACCCAGAGAGGUUCGUCAUGGUUUGGGCGCUUAUGUGAAGUUCCUUGAGUUCAAUGGAGUCUGUAAAGCUGCUGCAUCUCGUAUAGUGCACACAGUUAUUUUUGCCAGCAAAAUCAUAACCUAAGAAAACAUCAGAUCUUAGCUGCCAAUCUCUGC